UAAUGAUCAUUUUAAAAUCUUGUAUCUAACCUUGCUACUGCAUAUUUCCAUAAAAGUUGUGGAAACACUAGCCUUCUCUUGUGCCCAACUCAUACAUAUUGUGUGGAUGGCACAAGCAUCCGGAAAAAACCUGGCUUUAAUUCUUUUGUCCAAAGGGCAAAGUGAUGAAUACGGAUCAGUGUAGCUGAGGAGAGAAACUGAGAAGCUUUGGUUCUGGUAGACCUGACUAUAGCUGAAUUACUUUAAAUUGUAGCAUGACAAAGUACAGUAUCAAAAUUGCUUCUCCAACAUUGAAUAAAACUAUGUAAAUCACUCCCUCUGUAAUGUGCACAAUAAUGGUUGCCGGCCAUUUUGCAAUCACUUUAAAUAUGCCUGUUUAUACUUCAGUUUGGUAUUUCAAACUAAUAAACUGAUAUCUGAUUCAGUAGCUCCCACUUGAAUCCCUCAGCAAGACCUAAUUUGUAAAAAAAAAAAAAAAAAAAGGCAGUAUGAUUUUAUUAAAAAAAAAGAACCUUCUUGAUAUACUGAAAUUCCGAUAAGGUUUUUUUGGUCUCUAACUGAAACACUCUCCAAAUGAAAUCUAGAAUGUUAUCCAACAAAUAAAAUAAAAAAUAAAAAUUAAUUAAAAAAUAAAUCACUGUUGUUCUAUAAAUCCUGUUUACUUUGUAAAAGUAGUCCGUAUGUGAUUGACAGCAGCUCUAGUUACAGUGUGGGAGGAUCAGUGAACUCAGGGUUCAGCUGGACUAGUUUCACUGCUUUCACUGCUCUUAGUAUUCAACAGAAACUAGUGAAACCAGCAGAAGAAGCAAAUGAUGGUAGAUGCAGUUAUGAUUAAAGACUAAUAAAACAGACAACCAAAGACCAAUCACGCUGACUGACCACAAUAUGCCAACUGCUACAACACAGAGUGUUUUCACCUGUAUCAGUGAUGAACACGGCAACAGAGAAAGACAAGAGACAUCUGUGAGGCUUCCCCUUUCCAGAAAGCUGUGUUAUGCAGUAGGUGGUGUACCGUAUCAGAUGACCAACAUUGCUAUGGGAUUUUCUCUACAGAUCUUUCUGUUAGAUGUAGUGCAGAUGGAGGCUUUUUCAGUAUCUCUGAUUCUGUUCAUCAGUCAUGCCUGGGAUGCCGUGACUGAUCCAGUUGUUGGGUAUCUAGUGAGCAGGAGUAGCUGGACCCACAUCGGCAGACUCCUUCCAUGGGCUGUGCUGUCAAUGCCAUUGGCCAUUCUCGCUUACAUCUUCCUUUGGUUCAUACCCCAUAAUGCUGUGAGUUCAGCAUUCAGUGUGCCCUGGUACCUAACCAUCAGCUGUCUUUUCGAGACCUUCAUGAGUUGUUACAGUGUUCCAUACACAUCCCUCAACAUGUUUCUGGGAGGAGAUCAACAAGACAGAGACUCUGCCACAGCUUACAGGAUGAGUGUGGAGGCGUUUGCUAUGCUGAUGGCAGCUGUGAUUCAGGGUCAGGUGCUGUGGGUGUAUAACAAAGACAGAGAUCAAGCCUGUCUGAUUGUGGACCAAACACCGGAUCUCCCACACAGCGCUGCACUGCAUGAAACUAGAAGUGCCUUUAUGAUAUCAGCACUGGUCAUGAGCGCUCUCUUCUUUGUUUGCUGUAUGGUGCUGUUCCUGGGGGUCAAAGAACAAAGAGGGCCUCUCUGUGGUCAGAGUCACAUGCACACUACAUACCUGAAUACUGUGAAGAAGCUGAUUGGCCAUGUUUCAUACCAGCGUCUGGUCCUCGGCUUCCUCUUCUCCACUUUAGCUUUUCAGAUGUCUUUAGGGAACUUCACACUGUUUUGCACUCACGUUGCUGGCUUAGGAGCUCAGUUCCAGUAUCUCAUGUUAGCUAUACUGGUGUCCGCUACCAUAUCAGUGCCAGUGUGGCAGAUGACGCUGGUGAGGCUGGGCAAGAAAACUGCACUUUUUAUAGGUCUGCCUCUCCUCAUUCCAGGUCUACUGGUCCUAGUUGCCAUGCCAGAGAACUUUCCGGUGUGCAUGGUUAUGUGUGUUUUGGCAUGUGAAAAAAAUCAUGUGAAUCAUGUGAAUCAACUAAUUUUUAAGACAUGGUAGUUCAAGUUGUAAAAUGUCAUGUGGUGCAGCCUUCAAAAAACGUAUGAAUUAUUUAUUUAUUUAUUUAUUUAUUAAUUAUUAUUUGGAAUUAAAGAAUUAUUUAAAAUAUAUAUAAUAUUUAAGAUG